UCAAUAUUCAUAUUGAAGUCAUCGUUGGGUGUGAGGUAUUGUAAAGAUGGAGCGCACGAAAAGAAAUAAUAGCAGUAGUUGUGAAUUUGCAAAUAAUUUAGCCACAAAUGCAUCGUCGACAACAAUAACCGGCAACAAUAGUACAACAACUCCUUGGAGCAAUAACAAAGAAUCGCCACCGAACGAAGAAGACUCUAACGAAGAUGAUACAGAUAAUGCAACACCGGCCAAAGUCACAGAUCCCUUAGCACCAAAAUUCACAAAUAACGAGCGUGCAUUAGUUGUCGCAGUGACGGAGAGGCGUCGCGAAACCUGGGGUCAAAAAGCUGAAUUCCUGUUGGCUGUCAUUGGCUUUGCUGUCGAUUUGGGCAAUGUGUGGCGUUUUCCCUACAUCUGCUAUCAGAAUGGCGGUGGAGCAUUUCUAAUACCAUACUGUAUUAUGUUGGUAUUCGGUGGACUGCCAUUGUUCUAUAUGGAAUUGGCACUGGGGCAAUUUCAUCGUUGUGGCUGCUUAAGUAUUUGGAAACGUAUAUGUCCAGCAUUGAAAGGUGUUGGAUAUGCAAUAUGUCUAAUAGACGUUUACAUGGGCAUGUAUUAUAACACAAUUAUAGGAUGGGCUGUUUAUUAUCUGUUUGCCUCGUUCACUUCCAAAUUGCCAUGGACAUCAUGUGAUAAUCCAUGGAACACGGAUACCUGUAUGCCGGUAACAAAUGCCAAUUUUAACGCUAAUCAAACGACACCGGCUAAAGAGUUUUUCGAACGCAAAGUAUUGGAGCAAUAUAAAUCAAAUGGUCUGGAUUUAAUGGGUCCUGUUAAGCCAACAUUAGCUUUAUGUGUUUUUGGUGUAUUUGUUUUGGUUUAUUUCUCUCUGUGGAAGGGUGUACGUUCGGCCGGGAAAGUGGUGUGGGUUACCGCUUUGGCACCUUAUGUUGUGCUCAUUAUUUUACUGAUACGUGGUGUAUCGUUGCCUGGCGCCGAUGAGGGUAUUAAAUACUAUUUAACACCGGAAUGGCACAAAUUGAAAAAUUCAAAGGUUUGGAUAGAUGCUGCCUCACAAAUAUUCUUUUCAUUGGGCCCUGGUUUUGGCACACUUCUGGCUUUAUCUAGUUAUAAUAAAUUUCAUAAUAAUUGUUACCGCGAUGCUUUAAUUACCAGCAGUAUUAAUUGUUUAACCAGUUUUUUGGCUGGCUUUGUUAUAUUUUCAGUAUUGGGUUAUAUGGCUCAUGUGCAAAAAACCACCAUAGAUCGUGUAGGUCUUGAAGGACCGGGUCUUGUCUUCAUAGUGUAUCCGGAAGCUAUAGCAACCAUGAGUGGUUCAGUAUUUUGGUCUAUAAUUUUCUUUUUAAUGUUGAUAACAUUGGGUUUGGACAGUACAUUUGGUGGCUUGGAGGCUAUGAUAACGGCGCUGUGUGAUGAAUAUCCUCGCAGUAUUGGACGACGAAGAGAAUUAUUUGUAUUAUUAUUAUUGGCCGGCAUUUAUUUGUGUGCUCUGCCUACAAUGACUUAUGGUGGUGUAUACUUAGUGAACUUCUUGAACGUUUACGGACCUGGUUUGGCUAUACUCUUUGUGGUAUUUGUCGAGGCGGCCGGUGUAUUUUGGUUCUAUGGUGUCGAUCGCUUUUCAGCCGAUGUAGAACAAAUGUUGGGCAAACGGCCCGGACUCUUUUGGCGAAUAUGUUGGACGUAUAUAAGUCCUGUAUUUUUACUGGCCAUAUUCAUAUUUUCAUUUUUGGGUUAUGAAGACAUGUUGGGCGAAGAAUAUAAAUAUCCCGAUUGGAGUAUUAAAGUCGGUUGGGCCGUGACCUGUUCAUCGGUGUUGUGCAUACCCAUGUAUAUUAUCUAUAAAUUUUGUUUCGCCUCAAGUGGUAAUUGUCGUGAGCGUUACAAUGAAGCAUUUAAACCGGAAACGAAUUGUAAUUCCGCUAUUCCCGGACAACAGGGCACCAAUGUGUGACAUGGUGUGGGAAAGAUCAAACAAUAUAAUAAUAAAAAGU